GUUGUGUUGUACAUACUUUGCAAGCUGUUCGGGAGUAGGGCUUGUUCCAAGGGAAGUAGCAGAGGACCGAAAGUAUUGUCACUGUGAGGUGGGUAUGCAAUACCGACGUUGCUUGUGUCCACUGAGGCAUCAGAAGAUGGACUCAGAAACAGAAAAGAAAGGCGGAAGUAAGGAUGGUGAGGAAGGUAAAUCAGGGCCGGAGAAGCAAUGCCCCGAUUCUCAGUACUAUGGGUGAUAUGUUACAUGGUCCAGAGUCCAGGGUUACGCAAGGGGUUUGGGGCAUCUUCUCUUGUCUACUUACUAUUUUCUACUGUCAUAUGCCGGUCAAUAUCAAUGAACGACACCGCAUACAUGCCCUCAAUGCUACCGUAUAGUGGGGGUCCCUCUCAGGGUAAACCUACAUAAGGUAGGUGAUGAUCAGGGAGAUCCAAGGUUCCCUUGCGAGUACGUAUGCCUGGCUCGUGAGAACUAUAUUUGCUUAUUGUUUUUUCGGGUCCUAAUAACGACUUCCCUCUGUGAAUACUGUCUACAGUUGCGGAUAUUUGGCCAUACCGCAAAACUAUGACUAUUAAAGUGAUUGUUGUUGGCGCAGGUGGCAUCCUCGGCCCUUACAUUGUGUCUGCCCUGGACAGCGACCAUCGCUUCACUGUUACUAUCCUAACCCGAGCUUCAUCCAAAUCCAAAUUCCCCUCUCAUAUUGCCGUGCAUCGUGUGGGGGACAACUAUCCCGAUCUGGAAGUAGUUGAAGCAUUCAAAGGCCAGGAUGUUGUCAUCUCAACCGUGGGCGCUGGAGCACUACAGCGACAGAAAACGCUCAUCGAUGCAGCAGUACAAACAGGUGUUAAACGUUUCAUUCCAUCGGAAUUUGGCCACGAUACUCGCAAUAGUAAUGCAGCGAACUUGUUACCCCAAAUGUACCACCAGAAGAUGGACAUUGUGGAGUACCUUCGGGUGAAGCAGAAUGAAGGGCUUGAAUGGACAGCAUUCGUGACGGGGCCGUUCCUUGACCUGGCGAUCACGGAUUUCCUAGGCUAUAACCUCAGUCAGCAACACGCCACCAUCCUCAAUGAAGGAUCGGAUCGCUGGUCAGCCACGACUCGUGCCAUCGUUGGUCUAGGGGUCAAAAACUCUCUGUUGAUUCCUGCGCAGACUUCAAACAAAUAUUUAUUUAUUGACACCGUGACAGCUUCGCAACUCGAGGUACUUCGGGCCCUUGAGAAAAUGACCGGUACAGAAUGGGCCAUUGAUUCGGUGGAUGCGGAGGAGCAGAAACGGGUUGCAAUCCAGCAUCUAUUUCACGGCCGCCUCGUUGGCCUUCCCAUGUUGUAUGAAACAAGUGCGAACGAGCUACUUUCCUUGCCCGUCAGCAACGUGGACGAGGUUCUGGCUAGUAUUCUAAACGGCUGA